GCCCCCUUGAGCCUUCGUGUCUUAUCACAACCCCUGCAGCUUCGAUAAGAGUCAACCAUUGUCACCUUUACUUACCGUCCCUGACUUUAGCUGAUGGGGAAAAAUGACCCCCAUUCAGAAGCCAGUAUCAGCCCAGCCGGCGCUGGCAUCUCCGGCAUCUCCUCCCGCCUCUUCUACUCCCUCCUCUGAAUCUACUUCUGCUUCUGCUUCCUCCUCCUCUGCUUCAGUCGCAAUGGCAAAGACUUAUCCUCCCGUGCAGCCUGGAGGCAGUUUGAUCUUAGCAUGGCAAAUCAAGCACAAGAAGGUGCUUGUUGUCGGCGGUGGUGAGGUUGCUGCUGGUAGAAUCUUAAACUGCCUCAACGCCGAUGCCAACGUCACUGUCGUGUGCCCCAAGUCCGGCCUCAAUGAUGAAGUCGCCUACCGAGUUAGCGAAGGCCAAGUCGCCCACGUCGACCGAGUAUUCGAGCCCGAAGAUUUAGACGGAGCCAGCAUGGUUCUGGUCGCUAUCGACGACCCCGCCGCCUCGACCGUCAUUUGGAAGCUUUGCAAGGAGCGAAGGAUUCCCGCCAACAUCGCCGACGUACCACCAGAAUGCGAUUUCUAUUUCGGCAGUAUCCAUCGUGAUGGUCCCCUCCAGAUUAUGGUCAGCACCAACGGCAAGGGACCCAGGUUGGCGGCGGCCAUUCGGCAGUUCAUCGCCAAGCAACUACCCAAGAAUGCUGGUAAUGCCAUCGAGACUAUCGGUGAACUACGACUAAGAUUAAGAAAAAUGGCCCCCAAGCCUGAGGAUGGACCCAAACGAAUGCUCUGGAUGUCCAAAGUUAGCGAUACCUACAAGUGGGACGAGAUGUGCGGCCUCACAGACGAAGAUAUGGACAAUCUCCUUCUGUUUUAUCCUGCCAACAAAGUCCCUGCGAUGGACGUUCUGCUAGCUCUCCGGGGAGGCACCGACGUCAAGAAACUCGACGUCUUUGACGGCUCAUUCGGCUUCAGUGUCGGCGCCUAGAUACCGACAACACAUACAGCAGGCAAUAUCUACUAAACGAUGGCGCAAGACACGGAGAACACUACGAUGUAUACAAUUUAUUUGGGACAAGGUGCAUAUAUGGUUUGGAACAUUUUGACUACGUAUUGUAGAUGAGGAAGACGCUGUCAUAGCAUUAUUUGGUAUGGAAAUGGCGGUUUCAGAACAGUUCACCAGUUGCGGUAUUAUUUGUUGGGGACAUACUCUUCAUUCUAAAUUGUCGUAUUUACAAAUCCUUUGAAUUGCUCAGACAUGUGGAUGGUCGAUCCCGAGACACAUCGGCAGUUGAUGUCAAAAAAAAAAAAAAACGAAACACGAUGAUUCGCUCGGCAGUUGUCAGGGUGUAAGCACUGUAUUAUAAGAGGGAGAGAUGAUG